AUGGAGCCGUCCCAGCCUCUGCGACGGCUCCCUGGGGCUCGGAGGCUGCAGCUCCUGCUAUUGAUGCUGCUGCCUGAAUGGUGUUGGGGCAAAUACGUGAAAGGCAACCUUAGCACCAAGGAGGCUCUGGCCUUUGGGGUGUGCCUGACACCUCCACUUCCAGGCUUGGAAGCAAUGUUUGCCACCACGGUGAAUCUCGGAUACAAAGCUGGACAAGAUGUGUUGUUUUUUGCCGUCCCGGUCACUGCGCUUAUCGCUAACUUUGGCAUACCAAAAUGGGCUCGGGAGAAAAUCGUCAACGGCAUUCAACUAGGGAUUCAUUUCUACGCUCACGCGGUUUUCCUGAUUAUAACCAGGCCCUCGGCCGCCAAUAAGAACUUCCCGUACCACGUGAGGACGUCACAGAUUGGGAUCGUCGAGGAGGCGGCCACGGGGGCCAAAUUUCCGCACCACGUCUACGGCAACGUGACGUUCAUCAGUGACUCGGUGCCCAACUUCACGGAGCUGUUCUCCAUCCCCCAGAGUACGGGAAGCCACAGCAGCAAUACCCGCAAGCAAAUGGAAGACACCUCUUCUGCCGAUCGUAGCCUGACCUCUAACUGCGUGGUCACUACCUCUGAGCUCAGCGGUGCCCCUGUGCUGUUGAAGCCCUCCCUGGGGAGCGAGACUCAGCCUCCGCCCUACCAACUCCAUGCGCCCCAACUACACCAACAUAACGGCUACACCGAGUAUUUUAGCAUGCAUACAACCGGCGCUCGGCCCGUCUAAGGGUCCC